AUGAUCAGGUUGCAAGUUCAGGAUCAGUUAUAUCGCGAUCCCGACCACAAGGCUUACUCUACGUUAGACUUUCAAAGAGAGAUUGCCAAAAAGCUUGGGAGUAAUUUAGAGGGUAGAUACCCCAUAGUUUUCACAAGCAUACUGAACAUUGAUAGGACAGCUAGGAAUACGUUGUUUAAUGAGAACUUUGUAGAGACAUCGUUCUGCAUCACGCAAACCCCUCAGGUGUAUAUAGACUGCAAAGUUUAUGAAGAUGAGGGUAAUCUGGUGGUUGAGUGGGAUUACUUGGAUGGAAUUUUACCCGAUGGGUUGUUAGCUAUGAUGCACGGCUUGUACGUCGAAUGUAUUAGUUUAAUGACGGAGCAAAACUUUAACAUUUAUCAUGAUCAGUUACUUCCAAAGCCAGUUUUAGAAAUUGUGCAUGGCUUGAAUGACACAGAAAAAAGAUGGGAGUUUAAGGGUGGCUUGCAUGAGUUAGUAAUGCGUAGGGUGCCUCACAGAGAAAAUGUUAGAGCUAUCGCAUCACCGACAAAGAUCAUAAGUUAUGGACGAUUGUCCGAAUUGGUGUGCAUUUUUGGGGAUUAUCUUUGUAAGUCGGGCAUUAAGAGGAAUGAUUUGGUUGGCGUUAUUUUGAACAAGGGAUGGGAACAGGUGGUUGCCAUAUUAGGCAUUGUGUCAUCAGGAGCGGCAUACGUGCCACUAGAUACAUCCUGGCCGAAGAAACGCAUCUUAUCCAUUCUUCAAAAAUGCAACAUCAAAAAUGUUGUUUUAAGUGAUAAGUUUAUUGGGGUUGAAUCUUUUGGUCAAAUUGGAAUGGGAAUUAAUAUGAUUGACAUAGAAACAGUUCUUAUAAAGGGAGCUGUCUCGCAAAGCAAUUGGAGGAGUGUACCAUGUGACCCACGUGAUAUCGCUUACGUGAUUUUCACUUCUGGUUCUACAGGGGUUCCGAAGGGAGUUGGCGUGUCGCAUCGUUCUGCUGUUAAUACCAUUUUGGAUAUGAAUCAAAGAUCUGGAAUUACGGAAGAUGACAGGGUGUUGGGAUUAUCAGAACUGCAUUUUGAUUUAUCAGUUUACGAUAUCUUUGGAAUUCUUGGGGCCGGCGGGUGCCUAGUUCUUCCUGAUAAUGAGUUGAAAAAGGAACCAGCAAACUGGGUUGAUUUAAUUGUAGAACAUCAGAUAACGUUGUGUAAUUCCGUGCCAGCACUGCUUCAAAUGCUCACCGACUUUCUGUCAAUGAACCAUAACUAUAAUUUGAACUGUCUGCGUUGGGUUUGGUUGAGUGGGGAUAGAAUUCCGUUGACAUUGCCUGACUCGUUUAAAAAAUUUGCAAAUUCCUGCCAAUUUCUAUCCCUUGGCGGUGCAACAGAAGCCGCAAUUUGGUCAAUUUGUUACCCAAUCACAGCAAUCCAGUCUGAGUGGAAAACCAUUCCUGGUUUGCUAGGAUAG